CUGAGAAGACUUCGCUAACAGAUUUUAUCCUGAUGCAAGAGAAGUCCACAAUAAUCUGAGAUCCACAGGUCACCUUUCCAGAGACUCUAGCUCUGGCGCACAGAGUAUGAAGAGGGAAGUCAGAGGAAUCCUUUGAAGAAGAAGAAGGGCAAGCAAGAUGGGUCUGUUAAGCAUUGACCUGUUGAUCACACUUCAGAUCCUGCCGGUUUUUUUCUCCAACUGCCUUUUCCUCGCCCUCUAUGACUCGGUGGUCCUCUUGAAGCACAUGGUGCUUCUUCUGAGUUGCUCCAAGGCUGCACGUGGUGAAUGGAGAAGGAUGCUCACAUCAGAGGGCUUGCGCUGCGUCUGGAAUAGCUUUCUUCUAGAUGCCUACAAGCAGGUGAAAUUGGGUGGAGAGGCUCCCAAUUCCAAUGUCAUCCACAUAUCUAAUGGCACUGCUGAAAGCAGCAGCAACUGCAGAUGGAAAAGCUCCAUGGGAAAGUACAGUACUGAAUGCCAUCUCUUAGACUUUGCCAAAUCUGAACGCCCACUUGUAAUCAACUUUGGGUCAGCUACCUGACCUCCCUUCACAAACCAGCUGUCUGCCUUUGGCAAGUUGGUGGAAGAGUUCUCUAGUGUGGCUGACUUUCUGUUAGUCUACAUUGAUGAGGCUCACCCAUCAGAUGGCUGGGCUGCUCCUGGUAUCUCAUCUUCAUUUGAAGUCAAGAAACAUAGGAACCAAGAAGACAGAUGUGCUGCUGCUCACCAGCUUCUAAAGAAGUUUUCUUUGCCACCACAGUGCCAGAUAGUGGCUGAUUGCAUGGACAAUAAUGCCAAUGUGGCUUAUGGGGUCUCCUUUGAGCGGGUAUGCAUUGUACAAAGACAAAAAAUUGCUUACCUGGGGGGAAAAGGCCCUUUUUUCUACAAUCUUCAAGAGGUUCAACUUUGGCUGGAACAAAACUUCAGGAAAAGAUGAAAUCCAAAUUUACCAGAUAAGAAGUCAAGAGGACUGUCCUUUUAAAAUAAUACAAAAAGGAAACAAGUUGGAUUUUGUUUUGAAUAGGAUUUUUCUGCCUUUGGGGACAAAACAGGCCUAGUAAAAUGCGCAAAGUGGUUACAAACAACAAUGAAUUCUCAGUAGCUCUCUGAAAAAGGAGCUGGGAAUUUUUUUCCCUUUCAUAGAACAAUACUUCUGAGAUUUUUAUGCCAUGAGAUAGUAGAAGCACCCAAAACCAUUAUUUCCAGAAAGGUUAUGAAGAAUGAUAUAUCACACUCUGAGAUAAAAAGCACUUUGUCCUUCAGAGAUUGUCCUGUUACAUUCCAUCAUAGCAUGUUCAGAAUCUAAAGCUUAGGAUCAUGAAAUAAUUAUUUUAGUUUGUUGUAGUGAGGUAUCAUUUGGUAGAUUUUCCAGAUUCCAACAUCUACUGUAAAUUGGAUAGCUAAUUGCCUUAUUAAUUGCUGAAAAUAAGAACUGGUAUUCACUCUGCUAUAAUACUUUUUUGUUUUUGCAAUGUAGUAUAGCUGCAAUUUGGAAAUCUUUUACUUUGAUUCUAUCUCUUUCGGUGCUUCAAAGACAAAGAAUUCUGUAAGAGCAGGUUAUACCCUAACUCUGCAUUGCAUGAUUAAACUGAAAUAUCUCCUAGC